AUGACUCUGCAACCAACGAAACCUCUCAUUCUUGCUAUCCCGCUGGAGGUUCGACACGAGAUAUACCGCUAUACGUGGACGGUCCCCGUCGAUUUUAAGAAACACUUAAUGAAGCCUUACGCGUACUGUGACCUGUAUUAUUGGUCGAAAGCCUACCUAGAACUCCAGGUCAAGCAACUUCAUACGCUCCUUUCUAUCUGUGGACAGAUGAGAGACGAGGUCCUCUCAGAAUACUUCUACCGAACGCAGGUUCAUUUCCGGCACCUUUUCACCUCCGGAAGGAUCCAUAACUCUCGCGCAAAUCACUACAUACGGUCCUCUCUUCUCUUUGCGUCCUAUACUCAGCACGUCAGCCUUACUUGGAUACUACGCCGUCACCCGCCACCUGAAUUUCUUCGUGAAUUUUCCGAGACUAUUGAAUGGAUGUUGCAGCUGAAGCAGCUCAAGACCGUUGAGCUUUUGCUUGUUGAUUCGCAAUUGCACACUUUCCACGAUUUCCUGGACCAGUUGACGGCCGUCCUAAACGAUUUUUGCGCAUUCCAUAUCGUGUUUCAGCUCGGAACAAAGUUGCGCAACCUGGAGAAGAUUGUUCUCAAGCUCUAUUUCAACAGAUGCCGGGUGGAAUUGGAUGCGGAUUUCUUGAAAAGAGCACCUCGGCUUCGGUAUUUCAACGACGUUCUUUCAAGGUCGGUACGGGAGGACCUCAGACAACCAGAGCAACAGCCGACUUAUGUAUUUGACCAGCACUUUGGUGCUGUCAAUCUUGAUUGGCCUCUGCCGAAUAGGAUUUGACACCAUUUGAAUUCGGAUUAAAAUAUUCAACACCGGGAUCCCUUUUUUUUAAGUGGAAUAGGGUUUCGUUGAAGACCGAAACAUGCCAAAUCAGACAUGAAAAGGCCCAAACCAGUUAACGCGUGGACUCGAGCUAACAAACAAACACAUCAGUAUCGGACUGUAAUCAUCAGCCACCCAGCACGCCCGCACAGGUUAUGUUGAUAUCGCAGGUUAGGGUGAAACUGGCAACCCCCAUCACUCUUAUUAUCUUUUUCUUUCCGCUGAACCAGAUCAAAUCCAACUGAGGCACUCCCUCCUGCAAACAGAGGUUGACUCCUUGUGGAGUGGUGAAACACUUUACACUGCAUGCCCUACCCUUUUUCAUCUCGACUUUGUUGGUAGUCCGUGCCUGCCACUUCGGUUCGUUCACCUCACCUCACCGGUAUUUUUGUCUGGUAUAUUUGGUUGGGCCCUGUUCCCAGUUUCUUUUCUUCCUCUUCCUCCUCUAUCAGAAA